CCUGAAGCGGCUGAAACAGAGAAAAUGGCUCGUUGAGAUUGAAUUGGGGAACAGAUCCAGAGAGCAGUCUUUUAAUGCUGAAACAAGCGUGAAAGCUUAAGCAAGGAACAAAGUGGAAACUGGCUGGCAAUUGGCGUAGAUCUCCCAGUUUUCUUCUUCCCCACCUGCUUGAUCGGUAUUGAAUGACCCGUACGUAAACAGAGCUCGCGGAGACAUGGGGACCCCAAUGAACGUCAUCGUUGUGGGUUCUCAUGUGUGGGUGGAGGAUCCCAACGUCGCAUGGAUCGAUGGAGAGGUUACUGCGAUCACAGAUAACAAUGCCACCGUCGUCAUCACUAAUGGCGACGCCACCAAGACUGUCGUGGUUAGUCUGUCAAAUGUAUACCCUAAAGAUACAGAGACUCAUCAAGCUGGGGUGGAUGAUAUGACCAAGUUAGCUUAUCUCCAUGAACCAGGAGUUCUCCACAAUCUCUCUACGCGUUACGCACUGAAUGAAAUAUAUACGUACACUGGGAAUAUUUUGAUCGCUGUAAACCCAUUCCGGAGGCUUCCACAUUUGUAUGAUCUCGACGUGAUGGAGCAGUAUAAAGGUGCCGCUUUCGGCGAGCUAAGGCCGCAUCUUUUCGCAGUCGCGGAUGCUUGCUACAGGGCAAUCAUAAAUGAACAGGGAAGUCAAUCGAUUCUGGUUAGUGGAGAGAGUGGAGCUGGUAAAACGGAAACGACCAAGAUGCUCAUGAGGUAUCUAGCUUUCAUGGGUGGGAGGUCGUGCACAGAGGGCCGAACAGUAGAACAGCAAGUCUUGGAGUCUAAUCCAGUGCUCGAAGCAUUCGGGAAUGCCAAAACAGUGAAAAAUAAUAACUCAAGCCGUUUUGGUAAAUUCGUCGAGAUUCAAUUCGAUAAGUAUGGAAAGAUUUCUGGAGCUGCAAUCCGCACAUAUCUGCUCGAGCGCUCCAGAGUUUGUCAACUAUCUGAUCCAGAAAGAAACUACCAUUGCUUUUACAUGCUCUGCGCUGCACCGCCGGAGGAUGCAAAGAAGUUUAAGGUUGCUGACCCAAGAACGUUCCAUUAUCUAAAUCAAACCAACUGCUAUGAUGUUGCAAAUGUGGAUGAUGCUAGGGAGUACUUGGAGACUAGAAAUGCCUUGGAUAUUGUCGGAAUCAAUGUGGAAGAACAGGAAGCCAUCUUUCGUGUGGUAGCCGCAAUUCUUCACCUGGGAAACAUAAACUUCGACAAAGGAAGCGAUGUGGAUUCAUCACAGUUGAAAGAUGAGAAAUCGUGUAACCAUCUUAACACAGCAGCAGAACUGCUAAUGUACCAUACAGAGACUUUUGUGCAUUGUAGAUUCUCUCUAUGGUUUCAUGUUCAUUCUUCUUCCAUGUGCUACCCCAGGUGCGACGAGAAAACACUUGAGAACUCUCUUUGCAAGCGUUUGAUUGUUACACCGGAUGGCAAUAUCACAAAGCCUCUUGAUCCAGAAGCUGCUGCAUUAAAUCGCGAUGCCUUAGCGAAGAUAGUGUACUCAAGGUUAUUUGACUGGAUUGUAGACAAGAUCAACAGCUCAAUUGGGCAAGAUCCAUUAGCUAAAAACAUAAUUGGAGUACUUGAUAUUUAUGGUUUUGAGAGUUUCAAAGUCAAUAGUUUUGAGCAGCUAUGUAUAAACUUAACUAAUGAGAAAUUGCAACAACAUUUUAAUCAACAUGUAUUCAAGAUGGAGCAAGAAGAGUACACAAAGGAAGAAAUAAAUUGGAGUUAUGUCGACUUUGUGGAUAACCAAGAUGUUCUGGAUCUCAUAGAAAAGAAACCUGGAGGCAUUAUUGCACUACUUGAUGAAGCAUGCAUGUUUCCAAAAUCAACUCAUGAAACAUUUUCUCAGAAAAUGUACCAAACAUACAAGAGUCACAAACGUUUUAGCAAGCCAAAGCUUGCUCUCACUGCCUUCACCAUCAAUCACUAUGCUGGAGAUGUUACAUACCUAUCUGAUCAGUUCCUCGACAAGAACAAAGAUUAUGUUGUUGUGGAGCAUCAAGCUCUACUAAAUGCUUCGAAAUGCCCUUUUGUAGCAAAUCUCUUUCCUCCGAUUGCUGAGGAAACUUCAAAGCAGUCCAAAUUCUCCUCCAUAGGUACUCGUUUCAAGCAACAACUCCAAGCCCUCAUGGAAUCUCUGAACACGACGGAGCCACAUUAUAUCAGAUGUGUGAAGCCCAAUGCAGUGCUACAACCGGGCAUCUUCGAAAAUGACAAUGUCCUAAACCAACUGAGAUGUGGGGGUGUACUGGAGGCAAUCCGUAUUAGCUGUGCUGGAUAUCCAACAAAAAGGACAUUUGAUGAAUUUGUCGAUCGGUUUGGAAUUCUCGCACCGGAUCUUGUAGACGGUGCUGAUGAAAAAGCUACUUGUGCAGCUAUAUGUAACAGAAUGGGCUUAAAAGGCUAUCAGUUAGGAAAGGCAAAGGUAUUUCUGAGAGCAGGCCAGAUGGCUGAGUUAGAUGCCCGUCGAAUGGAAGUCUUAGCUAAUGCUACAAAACUAAUACAGAGACAGAUUCGCACACAUCUUACAAGAAAGGAAUUCAUCAAAAAGCGAAAAGCUUCAAUUCAAAUUCAAAAAAUCUGGAGAGCUUUUCUUGCACGAAAGUUGUAUGGAAGCAUGCGAAGAGAAGCUGCCUCAAUCUGCAUACAAAAACACACACGUUCUCACGCUGCUAGAAAAAGAUAUACAAAAUUGCAGUCAUCUGCAUUAAUAAUACAAACAGGACUCAGAGCCAUGGCUGCUCGUAGUGACUAUCAAUACAAGAGGAGAACCAAUGCUGCUGUAGUCAUACAAACUCAUUGGCGUUUUUAUAAAGCUCGUUCAGCAUAUAAUGUGCAAAAGAAGGCAACUUUGAUAUUUCAGUGCAUCUGGAGAGGUCGGCUUGGCAGAAAGGAACUUCGAAAGCUAAGAAUGGCUGCAAGAGAGACAGGAGCAUUAAGAGAAGCAAAAGACAAGCUAGAAAAGAAAGUUGAAGAACUCACUUGGAGAUUAGAAGUUGAAAAGCAUAUGAGGAAUGAACUCGAACAAGCCAAAGGGCAAGAAAUUGCAAAGUUGCAAACUGCACUAGAAGAAAUGCAAGAAAAGCUUGAUGAAGCCCACAAAACAAUCAUUUGUGAAAAAGAAGCUGCUAGAAUAGUAAUAGAACAAGCACCAACAAUUGAUAAUGAGAUCCCAGAUAUGGACAACGCAACAUUAGUGUUGUUGACAAGCCACAAUAAACAGUUAGAGGAUGAAGUAAGGCAAUUAACAAUAUUCAAGGACAAGGCUGACGAGUUUGAAUUGAAACAUGCUGAGGCUCAGAAAAAGGUAGAAGCAUUGCUCAAAGACAAAGAAGAACACAGCUCAAAAAUCAGUCAAUUGCAAGAACUGAUAGAGAGACUUGAAAUGAACUUGUCUGGCCUAGAAUCUGAAAACAAGGUCCUAAGACAGCAAGCUCUAGUUAUUUCUACAAAUGAAGAUUUCUCAGAGCAAGUCAAAAGCCUUGAAACCAAAACCAACACAUCGGAGUCAGAAAAUCAGUUGCUCCAAAAUGAGGGUGGGGUAGUUCUUCAGUCAAAUAACAUCUCUGAGUCGGUUGAGCCAUCAACAAUCAAGGGACUGGACAACAAAGAUAUUGAUGAAGAACCAAAGACAAGAAGAAAGGAGCCAACAUCUACAUUUCUUGCACCAAUUUUAAGGAAACAGAAGUCUCUAAGUGAUCGGCAACAAGAAAAUCAUGAAGCACUUAUGAAAUGCCUAGUGGAAUAUAAAAGGUUUGAGAAUAAGACACCUUCUGUAGCAUGCGUUGUCUACAAAUCACUGGUUCAUUGGCAUUCAUUUGAAGCAGAGAAGACAUACAUAUUUGACAGGAUCAUACGAACAAUCAGGUCAUCUAUUGAGAACCAGAAGAAUAUCGGUGACCUCGCAUAUUGGCUUUCAACAACCUCCACCCUUCUAUUUCUUUUGCAAAAAAAUCUUAAAGCAAGUAAUGCGUCAGUUACUGGAUCGCAUCGCAGUCGAGCAACAGCAGAAACAUUGUUCAGUAGAAUGGCAAGAAAUGCCCGUUCAUCUUCAUCUAUAUUGGGCAUUUCGAGUGGAUACAGUGGACUGCUACCUAAAUCAGAAGGCCCAUCAAGGAUAGAAGCCAAAUACCCAGCACUACUUUUCAAGCAACAACUAACAGCUUAUGUUGAGAAGAUAUAUGGAAUGAUACGGGACAGUUUGAAGAAAGAGAUUAGUCCAUCAUUAACCAUGUGCAUACAGGCACCAAGGUUUGCUAGAGCUAGAUCAAUUAGGGGAGCAUCUAAGAGCAUUCUUUCCAAUAUUGUAGCAAAGCAAGCAUCAAGCGUUCAUUGGCAAAGUGUUGUCCACAGUUUGGAUUGUGUUUUGAAUAUUUUUAAUGAAAAUUAUGUGCCUCCUAUGAUAAUAAGGAAGACUUUCAGCCAAGUGUUUGCAUUCGUAAAUGUACAAUUAUUUAAUAGCUUACUCCUCCGGCGAGAAUGUUGUUCAUUUAGCAAUGCAGAAUUUGUCAAGGCUGGCUUGCAAGAGUUGGAACAAUGGUGCACUAGAACAACAGAACAGUUUACUGGGACAUCAUGGGAUGAACUCCAACAUAUAAGACAAGCAGUUGGAUUUCUAGUUUUGCAUCAGAAGUCCCAAAAGUCCUUGGAAGAUAUUAGAGAUGAAAUUUGCCCAGUCUUGAGCAUUCCUCAAAUUUAUAGGAUCGGCACAAUGUUUUGGGAUGACAAAUAUGGCACGCAAGGAUUACCCCAAGACGUCAUUUCCGAAAUGAGAACCACAGUGACAGAUGAGACGAGCAACAACACACCAAACAAUUGUUUCUUGCUGGAUGAUGAUUCGAGCAUACCGUUCUCUUUGGGCGACAUAUUGCGACUUGGCUUCGAAGUCAACCUUGACGAAGUGGAGCUGCCGCCCCAUCUCCAGCAGAACUCCGAGUUCCAUUUCCUGUUGCAACGCCACUCCAAAGAUUGAGGAGCUGCCUUUUCUUUUUUGUUAUUUUUCUGUUCUUUAAAAAAAAACAACAACAAAGGAUGGAAGCAAUGUUUUUGGUGUUAAAAAAAAAAACAUUCUUUAUUCAUUGUUUAUUUUAUUAUUGGAAACCACACUUCACGAGAUGUUUGAGGGAUUUUGGAACCAAUUGUCAUGUACAAAUACAGAGAAGCGUAUGAUGAUCGUUUGUGGAAUAAAAUUUUACGAUAAUGGAGGCAUUAUUCAGUAACCAUGGAUUCUAUUUUACUUAGCAUGUAGAUUUAGGUGAGUUUUAAUCUCUUUCUUUCUUUGACG